UUACCGCACAGUGAGCCGGUUAGAGAAAGGGGAUUGCAAAACAAAAAGUAAACUGUCAACAAAACUGUGAUUUCCCCAUUAGUUAAAUUACCGCUUCUAACAUUGUCAGGUUAAGAACAGGAGAAAGACUGUAUUAUAGAGCACUUUAUAGGCAAUACUCUACCAGUAUAUAGCAAGUGUUACAUUGCACACAACAGUAUGGAUGAACUGAAGCCACCAGGAGUUUCCAGAUCAGUCAGCUGUGAGUCGGGAGCAUCUAACUACACAGAUGCUAUGUCAAGCUUUGAAGAUGAUGAAGAUGAGAUCUUUGAUUGUGAAUAUAUUUGCGACGUUCCGUUUAUCCCUUCAGAAGACCAGAACGAAGUUGUCAUGAAUCCGCAUCUGUAUAGGGAUAUGGAGAACUUGAUAUUUAUGUACAGUGAAAAGUCUGUACAGUAUCGAUUGUUUGAAUCCAUAGAUGAAAUUGAUGUUGAACUUCAUAUUCCAUUAGGUUUUCUAGAUGAUGUGACAGCCGAUGCAUGGAAAGUACUCCGGACUGAACCGCUAGUAGUGAGGUUGCAUUUAUCAUUGUCAAGGUAUUUGGAAUCGUCAAACCCGCCAAAGGUUGAAGUUUUUCAGCCGUCGAAGAAAGAGGGAUUUGGGUUUGGCAGUCAGGUUCGCAAAUUUCUUGAGAGUUUCUUAUACAAGGAAUGGCACCAUUUGCAGGAAGAUCAUCAGAAGUGUCUUGAAGCGGAAGAGAAAAUGAAAAAGUCCCAAAGUGCACCUCUCAGUUUAAAGCCUGAAACGCCUAUGACUGACAUUAUUUCAGAAAUUGUUAGGGAUGAGGCAAUUGCAAAACUUGUAAAUCUUGGUUUUGAACCAGAUUUAGCAAGGAAUGCUUUGAUUAUUACACAUGGUAACAUUGAAGAAGCAACAAGGCUAAUUCUGGAGAGCCCACAUGAGUGUACAGAGGAAAAUAUUCACAAUAAAGUUUCAGUUGAGACAAACUCUGAAGUGAAACCAUCAACGUCUGAUUCUACACCAUCUGUAACAGAGUCUAAAAAAACUGCUUAUACUUAUAGAUCAAUUUCUCAAAUGUCCGAGGAUGAGAAUGUCUUCCAACUUGGAGAUUUAGAUUUAUAUGGCGAUACACCAGUCAAAAUGCCUAAGAAUGAAAAGGAAAAAGAAAAAACUGAAAAGCCAGUCAGAACUGGUAUAAAGAGACAGUUGUCCCAUCCAACCAUUUUGAAUAAAUUGAAACGUAUGUUUCCUGGAUUGACUCGAACCACUAGUGUGAUGCAUGAAUAUAGCUCCCCGGGCAUGCUUGAAGAUUUGAAUUUGAUGCCGUUAUCAACGCUCGAUGGUAAAAAUGCCAAAAACAUUCCAAGUAUUGCUGACGGGUUCUUAGUACAGGUGUUUCGCUACGUAAGACAAAGAAUUCCGACAAUGAAUGAGUAUUGUGUUAUCUGUGAUGAGCCACAUGUUUUUCAAAAUGGCGCAAUGUUGAAACCAGCAGUGUGCAGCCGUGAACUUUGUGUGUUUGCGUUUCAGACUCUAGGUGUCAUGGCUGAUGCUGCAGAGGAUAUUGCAACUGGAGCUGAAGUUGUAGAUUUACUUAUUAACAUGACACGUGCUGCCAGCAAAUCGGGCCGUAAAAAUGUAAUAUUUGAUCCGUUCCCGACUGUAGUGGAUCCUAAAGACCCUUGUAAUUUACUGUUUACUCCGAAAAACCCAGAUUAUAAUAUGGUGGCAACUGUUAUAGAGGCAAUUCCACCAAUGUCCGAGAUGUCCUGUAUGACUUCAUCAUUAAAGCAGAAGUUGGAUGAAAAAAACCCAUCGGUAUAUCCAUUAAUACAGUGGAUAAUAACAAGCAACAGGUCACAUAUAGUGAAACUACCAUCAGAGAAGCAACUGGACUUCAUGCACACUCCUCACCAGUUCUUACUUCUGUCCAGCCCACCGGCAAAAGAAGCUGCUUUCCAGGAGGCUAAAAAGAGGCAUGGAAGUACAUUUGCAUUCCAUGGUUCUAGCAUAGAAAACUGGCAUUCCAUUAUCAGACAAGGUCUUAUGAAUGCAUCAGGAACCAAAUUGCAAGUGAACGGUGCUGCAUACGGAAAGGGGAUCUACCUGAGUCCACAUGUUUCCACAUCAAUGGGAUACUCUAGAAUGGGAUACGGCUCGCAUAAUGUUAAGAAAAACAAAGCAAAAGGUGACGGAAGAUCACGGUUCCUGGUUUCCAGCAACAUUACAUGCAUCGCACUGUGUGAGGUGAUAACUACGCCUCUGAAAAAGAACAAUUCGAUCUGGGUUUGUCCAGAACCAGACCAUGUUUGCACGAGAUUCUUUUUCGUGUAUGAAGAUGGUCAAGUUGGUGAUUCAUCAAUAGAUACCCAGAAUGCUAAAUACUUGCAGCCAAUUAAAGAAGCCUGCGGAUAUAAAAUGUGACUUUUUUGCACUGGAUGGAUAAACACUGAAAUCCCAGAUUCCAUUUUGUGUAAGGCAAAUCAAAGUAGUUUUCAUAACAAAUUUAUACACAACAAACAAAUGACAUGUUCAUUUUAAGCUUGACUGUUUUAAAGGUUUCUCUGAAAAUUUACUCUCUGAAAAGCAAGUCAGCCUGCAAGGACUUGAAAGCCAAAAGCUGUGACUGUGUUAUGUCAGCUAAUGGCUUUUAACUUAACUAGUGCCUGUCUUUGGUUUAGGUAAAGGAAAACUUGUGAGCUUUCCUGUUGGCUAGAACAGAAACAAAUUAUAGUUACAGAAACACUUUUAGGAACAUAGGUUUGUAUUAUUAAAUCAGUAAGAAUAGGAGAUUAAAAAAUAUAUAAUUUUUAUGAAUUUGUUAUUAGGAGAGGAUUCGGUGUUGGAAUGUAAAGCAUAACUUUUUUAAAGAUUUUUUUUUACGUUAUAUUAGCGUUUUUGUACAAAACAGAGGACCAGAAUAACUACAUUCCAUGACUUUAUUUAAAACAAUUUCAAGUUGAAUACAGUAUGUCAUUAGGUGUUAUUCUGGAGGGUGGCAACUGUUUGACUAUGGUAUUGGUUUCUCACAUGAUGUGACACAGGGAUUUUUUUCCUUCUUUAUAAAGUACCCCUAAAAGGACCUUUUCCCAAUUGAAAAAUGCAAUCUUUUUUCCCAAUUAUCAUCCAAAAAUUCCCCAAAUGACCAAAUUAAGUUUGCAUUUUGAUGAUUGCAGAAGGAAAACUUAGUUACAUUGACAUUCACCAUGAUUUAACCAUUCAAACAGUUUGUUUGAUGAUAUUUACAUGGAAUUAAAGGAAGAAGCAUUCUAAAUGAUGUUAUUAAUUAACUAUAAAAAUUCCCAAUCUGAGUAAAAACCCCGCUAUUUUUCCCAAUUUAUCCGGUACCGGACCUUUUCCCAAAAGGGCAAAAAAAAUCACUGUGACAUCAUAGUGUGUGGAGAAAUUCUGUCCUUACAAAAUAUCAGAAACAAUUGAAAUAGGGAAUUUAAUAUAAUUUAGUGUUUUAUAUAUGAAAAUGAGAAAAAAAACCACUGCAUAAAAAACACUGUAUAAAUGACUAUAUUCUUGGUAAACACAGUUUACCUUGUUUACAUAAGGAAAGGAGAUUUUUUUUCUUAGAUAUUUAUUUAUGUCAUAGGACUGUUACUGAGUGGUUAACGUUGUAGAAGUGGUUAACGUUGUAGACCUGGAAUCACUUGCCAUUCAUUGAUGUGGCUUUCAAACCUUGCAUGGGGUGUAGAAUGCUUCAUGAGUUGAAGCUGAAGCUGGUUUAAGGUUGGUGGUUCUACCCAGAUGCCAGGCCCUGAGGUAAUGAGUGCCCUUAGGGCAUCUGGGGUCUUUUAUCUCGAUUAGCCGGAAAAGGAAACCAUAUUGCUUGAAUUGUGUCUUAAAAAGUUUGUGACUUCAAACUAAAACAAACAAAACAUAGUGUUACAUGUGGACUCAAAAACAUAAAACCUUGUUAUGCACUUUGAUGGUUAAAUUAUAUUUCCUAAUGUAAAGUGGCAUGACUUAAGUCUUACCUGUGAUUCACUUGCUUCAUUAUGCUGGAAUCCAUCAUAUUCCACAGGGUGUUGUAAAACUAUAUUGGGUCUGUUGUCUGUAGUAUAGUCGGUAUUACAGUCUAAACUGACCUAAAACAAUGUUACAGUCCCCUGCACCAUAUUCGCCUCAAGUUUUUGAAAAUAACAAAACAAGGAAUUUCCUCCAUGCAAUGUGCACUGUCUGUGCUUUUUUUCAGUUCGGUAUUAUAAAAGUAUUACAAAGAUAUUUUCCAUAAAUGUUGAUUAUAUAUGUUUAGGGAAAGUUUUUUUUUUGUACUUGUACAAUAUCAUAUCAGUUUAUGAAAUCAUUUACCUUUUGUACAAAGAUCAAUUUAUGAAAUCAUUAACUUUUUUUACUAAGAUCAGUUUGGGAAAUCAUUUACCUUUGGCACUAAGACUUGCCUGCUAACAUUUUUACUAGUAGUAUUUUAAAUAUUGUUGGCAGACAUUUCCACGGUUCUAUCCAGAUAUUGUAAAAUGCUGAGCAUUGUGUCAGAUUGCUGUGAACAUGACUGCUGACUAAAGAAUUAUUCUUUUGACUGCUUAAGUACUGCAUUUCAUUAAUACUUUUUAUCAGAUUCUGAGCAAAGUACAUUAUUUUGUAUAUCAUUGUCGAAAUGUGACGUCUUUGAGGGAUCAUUUUUUCUUGUACAUUUUAUGAACUCUGAAAAAUAUACCACAUAUGCAUAAUAUAUAUUUCAUAUGUAUUUCUGGACAUCGUUUUGUAUAACUUAUUGUGAAUACAAUCAAACCUAUCUAUAAAGACCACUGUUCACAGGUGGUAACUGUUCAGAAAUGGUCUCAGUUCAGAGGUGGUCUCUGUUCAGAGGUUGUCACUGUUCAGUGGUGUUCUAUAUAACAGGUUUGAAUGUAUACCACAUAACACAAUAAUCUUUUUCUGUGAUGUUUUGUUGAUUUCUAAUAUGGAAAUCAGUUUUCAGUAUUUUUACUUUAAAAAUUUGAGCAUGUGUUGUUUUAUUUUAUAAUUAUUUUCUAAACAUGUUUUAUACCAUAUUAAUUUGUGUGUGUUAAAGUCAUUUUAGCACAAAGGAAAUAAGGGUUAUGGUAAGCUUUUACAGUCUAGUUUCCGUUCUCCAUUGUCCAUUUAUAAUAUCAACAUGUCCGAAACAUUGCAUAAUGAUACAGCUUUCACUUGUUAGCUCACCUGAGCAAUGCUCAGGUGAGUUAUUGUGAUUAAUGGUUGUCAGGCGUCUGUCUGUCGCCAGUCUGUCAACAUUUAGCUUGUGUAUGUGACAGAGGCUGUAUUUUUCGACUUAUCUUCAUGAAAUUUGGUCAAAAUGAUAACAUUGAUGAAAUCUAGGCGAGUUCGAAAAUGGGUCAUCUGGGGUCAAAAACUAGGUCACUAGGUCAAAUCAAAGAAAAACCUUGUGUAUGCAAUAGAGGCUGUAUUUUUCAAUUGAUCGUCAUUAAUGUUGGUAAGAAUGAUUACCUUGAUGAAAUCUAGGCCAAGUUCGAAAAUGGGUCAUCUGGGGUAAAAAACUAGGUCACUAAGUUAAAUCAAAGAAAAACCUUGUGUAUGUGAUAGAGGCUGUAUAUUUCAACUGAUUGUUAUGAAGUUUAGUCAGAAUGAUUGCCUUGAUGAAGUCUAGGUCAAGUUUGAAUAUGGGUCAUCCUGGGUCAAAAACUAGGUCAAUUGGUCAAAUCAAAGAAAAACACUGUGUUUGCGAUAGAGGCUGUAUUUUUCAACUGAUCUUCAUGAAUUUUGGGCAGAAUGAUAACCUUGAUGAAAUCUAGGCCACGUUCGAAAAUGGGUCAUCUGGGGUCAAAAAGUAGGACACUAGGUCAAAUCAUAGAAAAACCUUGUGUAUGUGAUAAUGGCUGUAUUUUUCAAUUGAUCUUCAUGAAAUUCAGUCAGAAUAAUUGCUUUGAUAAAAUCUAGGUCGAAUUCGAAUAUGGGUCAUCUAGGGAUCAAAAAGUAGGUCAAAUCAAAGAAAAACCUUAUGUAUGUGAUAGAAGCUGUAUUUGUCAUUUGAUCUUCAUGAAAUUUGGUCAGAAUGAUUGCCUUGAUGAAGUCUAGGUCGAGUUUGAAUAUGGGUCAUCUGGGCUUGAAAAGAAGGUCAUUAGGUCAAAUCAAAGAAAAACCUUGUGUAUGCGAUAGAGGCUGUAUUUUUCAAUUGAUCUUCAUGAAGUUUGGUCAGAAUAAUUGCCUUGUUGAAAUUUAGGUCAGGUUUGAAAAUAGGUCAUCUGGGGUCAAAAAACUAGGUCACUGGGUCAUAUCAAAGAAAAUACAUGUUUAAACUGGAGAUCACGUUUUUGGUCCAAUCCUAAUGAAAAUUGGCCAGAAUAUUUGUUUCCAUGAAAUUACUAGGUCAAACCUGUUUACAAAUUACACUGUUAUGUUGUGUUUCACAGGUGAGCAACCUAGGGCCAUCUUGGCCCUCUUGUUUAAUAGUUACGUUUUUAGCCGGACUUUAUCACUGAUCCCUUGUUUUAAUUGAAAAUCAGUAUAUUCAAUACAUAUAGUACUUAGAUGAAACUUUGAAGUUCUGUAGUUUGUAACAAUCUCUUGGAAAUGUUUGGUAAAAAAACGAAUUAGCUUUAUAAAUAAUAUAUUUAUUUCCAAAGUCACUUCAAUGUUUAUUUUAAAAAUGCUGCCAUUUUUAUUCAAGUGGAAAUUGGCAGGUACUUGAGAAUGCCGCUCUCUGAUUGGUCAGUUGAAAUUUCUAGUGUCUUGUUAGAAUUACGAAUAUGUAUUAUUCACUACUCACUUUCUAAUAAUGAAAAUUGGGUUCUGUUUUCAAUCUCUUCGUUUUUACCAAGUUUUGUAGAAAAUGGAUACAUUUGUAUUUGGCACUGAAAAAUGAUAAAGUUAGAGAAAAAAAGUGUUAGAUAUUGGUAAAAAGCAAGAAGAAUGUUGAUUUUCUGCAUUACUUAAGCUUUACAGCAGUUGACUUCCAUCUGUACACUAAUUUUGGUAAUUUGUCAAGACGUAUUUCAAAAUUCAUGUGUUUGUACCACUUGUCACUUUCACAGUACCCACAUUUUAUCAUGUUUUGAGAGGGGAAAAAACAUGAUGCAUAUUUCGCAAUAUUAAAAGGCUACAAUUGUUACUUCUCUUUUGCAUUAUGAGGUUCGUCUGAGGCCUAAUGGUUAAGGCCACAAUCUACGAAUCUAUUGCCAUUCACUGAUUUUGGGUUCGACCCUGCUUGAAGUGUACAGUUCUUUAUGUAUAGAAACCAUCUUUCUGGUUUACGGAAAGGCAAUGGUUCUUCCAAGCUGCCCCGCCUGUGCUUAAAUCAAAGCGCAAUGGGUACCCAGAGUUUCUCCACAAUCAAAACAUAGACAAAUCUCUUAUGACCUAUUAUUGUGUCAAUACAACUAUUGUUUCAAUACAAGCGCCCCCUCCCCCCAACACCAUUUCAUAAAAAAAGAACCUGAUUAUUGAACAUUCACAAUAAUUAAAAAUUCACCACUUAUUUGCUUAUAGCUUUUUAACAAAUUUUGUGUGUUAUUCUUGAAAUUAUAAGACAUACUCUUUGUUUUUCAGAGUUAUUUUGCAAAGAUUAUUAUUCGAACUGAUAAUGAAACUCGAAUUAAAGAAACUAAUACCAUUUCUACAUGUAAUCUUAAAAUGUUCUUGUUUCCAAAGAAGGAAUUUUGUUUAACAUGCAAUAAAUAAUUAAUUUUAUGUUAUUGUUUUGAAUAAAGUUUCUUUUCAUCA